AAUUUGUAUAAAUUUACAGUUGAGUGUAGCUUUUUGUAUUUUUUUUCUUUUGUCGCAUGUUUCUGUAGCUGUUGUUGUACUUGUUCUUGUUGUUGGUGGUGUUGGCUUUGGUGUUGUUGUAGUUGUAGUUGUUUGUGUGACUUAAGAACUAAUCGAAUCGGUAAGUGCAAGUUAGUUGGGAGCCAAUAUCUGAACAGAACUCAGGAAACAUCAAACGAUAAAGAUAACCUAUAACCGAUAAGGAACUUAACGAAUGUCGAAAAGGAAAAUCGUAAGUAAAUGAAAACAAUUGAUUACCACAACAUCCAACAAAAUACGUUAUAUACGAUAUACGGACCACUUGCGAUCAAACUGUGCAGCUGAUCUAUGGAAUAUAGUACAGUCUGAGGGUUACAUUUCAGAGAGAUCGACAGUCUGGAUCUUAGAUUCGAUUGGCUUUCUGACAUUCUGUCAAAAGUGGAUGUUGAAAAGUACAAAAUAUAGAGUUUCUGAAGGUUUUUGUGCAACAAAAUAAACAUCUCGAUCGGUGCGGUUAACACUUUCAUUAUUUACAGAAGGAAAGUAGGUGCUAAGGAUCGAUCUUGGAAGUAUCUUUUCGAGACCUCAAAAGACUUGGGCUCUUUACGGAGGUGAAACACAUGAGUCGUAUAUAUUACAAAAUCAAAAUGAUAAGUUCGAAGAUGAGGAAACAAAAUACGUAUAGAUGAACACUUUUCGUUUUUGGUCGUUGGAAAUUUUUUUUCUGUUUGUCUGUUGCAACAGGUUGGUUGGUUUUUUAUACAUACAAGCAUCAUAAGACUUUCUUUUUGGUUUUCUUAUUAUUUUUUUUUUUAGUUGCUUUGUUAAAAGAAAAUGUACACAUAUUGUUGUAUUUUUUUUUAUAUCUGUAUUGAUAUUUGUCAAAGCGCAGUGGGAAGUUUUGUUGUAUUUCAUUUUGCCUUCACUAUAAUCAAAAAGAAACAGAUAAAACACAAAAACAUUUGGAAAAACUUUGUCGGAGAACUGAAACCGAAAAAUACUUUCAAUCGAUGCGAAUUAAUUGUUGGCAUAUUAUAGCGAAGGAAGCGCAGGCAGAUGAAUGGUUUGGACUCGGAUUCGGAUUCGGAAUCGGUGGGAUUAACUAAUGCAACGCAAGCACUAACCGUACGGCUACGAAUAUAUCUAAAACGUGUGUACUGUAUGUGGAGGGAGGCAGGUGACUAAUGGGGACUCUAAUGAAUGAAUGGAAACGAAACGAUAUGAUAAUUGGCCUGGUUAUACUAUAUACUAUAUAGGGGUGUAAAUGAGUCCGAUCGGAGAACGAGUCUUUCGUAACUCCCAUUCAUAAGUCGGACUGAACUGGAAUCUUUUAAACUGAAGCAGGUGUAGGGCAAGUCAAGUUCAGACCUCUUUACAAGUGGCUCGUGCCCAGGUGAACUACCCCACCACUGUGCCUGAUUAUAAUGCAAAUUAAUGCCCAGUCAUGUUGUCGAUCGGCCAAACCAGCCUCUAGCUAAUGGUCUGGGUUUUCUGAUCCAAUCACACUCAUUCACGGUUCGAACUAAUCGCACUCACUCAUUCACCUGACGCAAAGCCCGCAGACACCUGCGAAAUCUGAUGCCGCACGUAGGGAAUUUCUGAAAAGGUUUCUACACCAACCACAGAGAAAGAAAUCUCUCUCUUUUUAGCAUCCGGGGGUUUAUUCACCUUGAACCUGUUACAAACUGCGGGCUGUCAGAUCGGCCUGAUUGAUUUAGACACUGCAAUUAGCCACAAUUAAUGGCAGACUAUCUAUAUUAGCUGCAGCCUGCAGUCGUGUAUGAAAUCAUGCCGAAAGUAUUUUAUAAUAUCGAAAAUUCAUCACCGUUCGGAGACAAAGACGCCAAGGCGCAAUUUACCUUACCAAAGCGCUUAAAUCACAUAAUGAAUUAUUUAAGUUCAGCAUGAAUCACACACAGUAAUUCAAAAAAAACUCAAGAUCAAGCAGCUCGAACUCGAAAUUUCGCCUGUCGACCUGAGUGGUUUACCUAAUGAUCUAAGAGAUGCAAAUCCGCAAAACAAACAAAAGCUCAGAUUGUCACUCAACCUGUUUUUCGAACUAUAAUGUAAUUGGUAACGAGUCAAUAUCUCGGAAUCGGAAGAGAUGGCAACCUGCCAGCAGGGUGGCCCCCAAAGCCAGUUCCAAGAAAUGGCGCAAAUAUUCCUGGGAUCCACUUAGUGACGUAGUGACGAUUUGUUUACGCUCCAUAAGUGGCUUGGUAAACAGCGAAUGAUAAAGCUAUAGCCGACUGAUAACCGGCUCAGAGCCCCUCGAUGCACUCAGUUGGAAGCCGAAGAGCCGUAAGUUUGAGCUUGGCUUCGGAACCUGACGGUUCGAUUGCGGUCGGCGCUGUAAUACGAACGUUUAUAUAUAGCUCGAUGAGGCGCACGUCGUCACUUAGUCAGAUACGAAGCUUUAACCAAACCGCAUCGAAGCGCGAAUCGGGAAUCGGGAUCGCACCCAAUAGCCGCAAUGUUUCAAAAAAGGAUAAUCGAGUUGAUCACGGUUCUCGUGUAUUGGGUGAUCAUCACCCCGACCACCUACAAAUACUGCACGGAAAAUAAAAUAGUCAGGAUGAGCUUCGACACCCUCGUGGGCACAGUGGGCGACCACUGCACCCUGGCCCUUUGCCUAAUGAUUGGAUACGUCGCCUUCUAUCGUAUCAUCAUAUUCAUCUACAUGAAGCUCAAAGUCUGCGACAUUCGGAUGUGGGACGAACUGCAAAAGGCCAAGGUGGAUCCCGAGGCGAAUUUGGACAAGAAGUCCUACUACCAGCCCGUCUCCACCGAGAACCUCGAUGUGGUGGACUCGGGCAAGAAGAAGAGUAGGCCAGCGACUCCGAAGAUGAUAAGGACCAUCAGCAAUCCGCUGCUCAUCGAAAGCGAUUUGGCUCGCAUUCACAUCAAGCACGAAACGCGACCGCUCGAAAGUGCCACCCUACCCAGGCUGCAGCAGGCACAGGUCCACCCUAGCCCAGUGCCCAGCCUGAGAUGUGCACCACCUGUGCCGCAAAUGCAGAAAAGUGCCACCCUGCCGAAUCAACACAGCAAGGGCGUGAUUAUGUCUCCCAAGGUUCUGAUGCCCAGACCUCAACAGGUGUAGACGGAAGUGAAUAGUGCCCAAAAGUCGGCUCAUAAAAACCAACAGACCAACGAUUUUGGUUUUAGUUUCUGUGAAAUUCUGAGCUCAACUUAGGAGGACCAAGUCCGCAACAAGUAUUAGCUACUGCCCAAAGAUCGAUAUUCGAAGCCGAAUCGAACACGAAAUUAGUCAAUCACCACAUUCCAGUGUACUCGUUCGCACGAGCUAAAUUAAUUCUGUAGUUAGUGAAUAUAUAUUUAUUACUAGUCAUAAGGCAGCUUUUGUUAUCUGUGUACCUACUUAUCGUAAAUCACAUGCAUAGUAUGCGUGAGUUAAUUAAAAAGAAAUAAAUCAAAUGCAUCUUUUGUAAAACUAAA